GUCGGCCAUCCGUCGGCAAAUGCCCCUCGAGUGAGAGCUGCCGCUGGACCCUUUUAUCUACCGUCUAUCUAUCCUCUCCAGCCUUCUUGAACAACGGCGCAAGCUUGCUUGUUGAGAGUGCAGCAGAUUGACCGAUCCCGGACUGGCGAACAUCUGUAGCAGCAGCAGCAGCAGCAAGCACGUCUCCUCCCCCCCCAGGAGUAUACUUGUAUCUCAGUCAUAGAAUGGCGUCGUCCCUCUUCUCGCUCGAGGGCCAUACGGCCGUCGUCACGGGCUGCACCCGCGGCAUCGGCCAGGCCGUGGCCAUUGGCCUGGCCGAGGCCGGCGCGGACCUCAUCCUCGUCCAGAGGGACACGUCCAGCACGGCCACCAAGGAGGCCGUCGAGAGGCUCGGGCGCAAGGCCUCCAUCUACACGGCCGACAUGGCGUCGCGCGAGCAGGUCGCCGCGCUGACGCCCAAGAUCCUCGCCGACGGGCACCAGGUGCGCAUCCUGGUGACGUGCGCGGGGAUCCAGCGGCGGCACAAGUGCGAGGUGUUCCCGGACGCCGACUUUGACGAGGUCCUGCAGGUCAACCUCAACGCCGUCUUCACGCUCUGCCGGGACAUGGGCGCGCACAUGCUCUCGCUCGAGCCCUCGCCCGCGACGGGCCGGCGCGGCAGCGUCAUCAACUUCGCCUCGCUGCUGACGUUCCAGGGCGGGCUGACGGUGCCGGCGUACGCGGCGUCCAAGGGCGCCGUCGGGCAGCUGACCAAGUCGCUCGCCAACGAGUGGACGGCGCGCGGCGUCACCGUCAACGCCAUCGCCCCGGGGUACGUCGAGACGGAGAUGAACACGGCGCUGCUCAACGACCCGGACCGCCUGGCGAGCAUCAGCGCGCGCAUCCCCGCCGCGCGAUGGGGCACCCCCGACGACUUCAAGGGCACGGCUGUGUACCUCGCCAGCCGGGCGAGCGGGUACGUGAGCGGACACACGCUGGUCGUGGACGGCGGGUGGAUGGGGAGGUGAAUGCUGCGGCGGGUUUGAGCUGCUGGUAGGGGG